GCAGGACAGUGUCUGGAGCAGACAGACCUGCGGCUCCUGGCCUCCAGGUCCGUGUGAUGCUCUUGAGGCCGUGUUGGGGCGCGUUAGGGAAGUGUGUUCUAGAUUCGUUUGGGCUCUCGAGUUCCACAUCACUUCUGGACCCCUGAGUGAUGGAGUUCUGGACAGGCCCGGAGGGGCAGCAGGCCUGGGACCCCAGAUUCGGGGUAGAAGUGGGGCGAUACGGAUGCCCAGAGGAGAGAUUCCAGCUGGAGCCUGAUGGGCUGCCAGCUUUCAGCUCCUGGACCAUCCCAGGAUCACGAAGAGGGGGAGUCCUGCAGGACUACACCAACUGGGCAGCCUGCCCCCUCCCUCCCCGCUGGCCCUUCACCCUGGACCGUCAGCCUGGAGACCCCAGGAAGGCCGAGGUGCCGGGGCGGGAGAGGAAGUGGGGGCUGCUGGAGGGAGUGACCCGGGAGCGUGAGGCAGAGAGCGGGGUGCAGAGAGAGGGGUCGGGACAGCGGAGGGGGCCGUGCAGCCCAAGCCUGCGCAGGGUGGAGCGGAGGAGCCAGAGCGACAGCUACCGGCAGCUGGAGGCCUGGGCCGCCCGCUACUGGCACUCUCUGCCCAGGAAGCGGCACCAGGAGGCGGGCUCCUGGGGGCCCCAAGCGUGGGGGGGGCAGGAGAGCGGGAGGUGGUCGCAGUGGGGUGCCAGGGAGGGUGGGCCACUGCGCCAGGGGGUGCCCAGUGCUGGUCCUCCUGCAUCCCUGCGCCGGGGGGUUUAUCCAGAGGAACAGAGGACAGUGAACCCCUACCUCAGCCUGCCUCGGCCCCAGAGCCUGCAGCGCCACAGGGGGCCGCAGAGCAAAGAGAACCAGCCCGGGCGGCUUGGCCAGAGGCUGUUUGGCCAGCCCCCUUCUUACGUGCCACCGCCACCCUACAGCUCCCCCCACAGGACAGUGCGGCAACAGGAGCAGGCAGAGAAAAGGGAAGUGAAGAGACCCGGGCAUCCCGGAAUAGACAGACCCCCAUCGGAGUGGGAGCAGCCCCCCCACGGCCCUGCCAGCCCCCCUCCUGGGACCUGCAGGAGCGAGAGGGAGAGCGAGGCAGGGGAGGAACGGACAGAGAGAAAGAAAACAGAGAGACCGGGUCUUGAAAGCUGGCGUGAGCAGAUUGGGUACAGCACCUGGGGAGGGUCCAGCGCACACCCUAAACCACCGCUAGGGGGCGCCACCCAGGCAGAGCACCCCAGAAACGCACAGGUGGGGGGCAGGCCAGGGGCGGGGGAACCAGAAGUCUCCGGCACCACUAAGACCAAGACGAAGAGGAAGAGCCCAAGGGAGACCGUGUUCUGCCUGGUGUCCCAGCCGGGGGACUCUGCAUCCUUCCCAGAAGCCUCAAAAUCCUUUUCUCUUCCAAGACCCGGAUCCUCAGCCCCGCCCAGUCGGGGGGGCACUGGGGUGGGAUCUCUGGGGGGUGCAGGGCAGGAAAAGAGUGAGAGAGCUUCCCACAGCAGAGACAGAGCUCGCGCAGGGCCGGACCCCAGUUUCACGGGGGGUACCUUCCCCCAGGCUCGUUCGCCUCCUCUGGGGCUUGGCAGCAGCUCCAGUCCCCAGCCCGGCCCGGCUCUGACGGACACCUGGCCAGCAGGCGCCCAACAGCACGAGCUGCUCCGAGCCGUCCAGAGGGAGCCCAGAGUCCCGGCGGACAGCUGGGAUCUAAAAUUCCAGACUGUGCCGCGGCGGAGAGGCAGGGAGAGGAAGAGAGCUGUCAUGACAGGGGUGGAUGUCAGCGAAGAUGGCACGCCCUCAGCCCCCAGGACAAGAGGACAGCAGGCCGACGGUCCGGACCGGCCCUGGUUCCCCCUCUGGAGAGAGCCCAGCCGCCUGGCCCAGCCCCGGAAUUCUCCUUCCCUGCAGGGAGGGACAGGAGACCAGAAGGUAGCGGGAAAGCCAGGAAAAGUCAGGAGCGAUUACUACAGCGCAGACAGCAAAGAUCAGACUCAUUUUCCAAGCCAGGGAGACAAAAGUCAGAACAUAUACAGCUGUGCAAAGGGCAAAUCCCCAAGCAAGCGCUGUUCAGAUCGCAGCAAAACAGUGAGGGAUUCCUGCCUGGAAGCUGGCAAAGCCCCGAUCGAUAAUCCCAGCGAGAGCAGGGCAGGACAUGGGGAAGGGCAGGUGUCAGACCGAGGGGAGAACACAGAGCGAGAACCUGACAGCACCCCCAUCAGAAACGGAUUCCUGGUCAUUGACGCCACCUGUGUUGUAGUCCGGGCUGAAUUCAUCGUUCCACCCCAAAAAGAGCAUGUCAAGUACAGCUCCGCGGCGCCUGCUGACACAGAGCCCUGUACAGACAGCAGCCAUUGCCCUGGUCAGCCUGAGUCAAAGGCUGCUGCUCUGAGCCACAGUCCAACCGCUGGCGGAGGAGAGACAGGGGACCCUUCGCCCAGCAGGGGGCCCCAGUGGUCUGAUCUGCUGCCAAACCACACUUUGAGCAAUGAGCACAGGGAGACUCCCAGAACACGACGCCUGCAGGAACCCAGUGACAGAGGGCCAAGGGAAGUUCUCAGUCCCCUCCCCACUGGUCCGCGGAUCCCUGCCAAUGAAACUUUGGAAGAGCGAGCCGUGAGGAUCUUGGGAAUCCCCCUCCAGGAUUCAGGGUCCGAGCUGGGGGGUGUCCCCUGCCCGAUUUCCGAGAGAGAGCCGUUAACAAGCAAACCCAUGUGGUUGGACGCCAUAGAGCAGCCUGGUGUCCAGCUGCCUGUCAAUGACUUGCGCCAGGCUGACACCUGGGAGGCUGAGCAGACAGUGGAACUGUCAGGGCAGGACGCCUGUCUGUUCACAGCUGAGAUCCAGCUGCACAGAAGCUCCAGCAGACUUGUGAAGGGAGAGGACAGUGUCUCUGGUUUGGAGAUAGCAGAGACAUGGGACAGUGUAUCUGGUUUAGCACCAGCAGAGACAGAGGACAGUGUGUCCAGUUUGGAAACAGCAGAAAGAGGGGACUGUGUCUCUGGAUUAGCAACAGUAGAAACAGGGGAUAGCGUCUCUGAUUUAGAAACAGAAGAAACAGGGGACAGUGUGUCCAGUUUGGAGAGGGCUGAGACAGGAGACAGUGUAUCCAGUUUGGAAACAGCAGAAACAGGAGACAGUGUCUCUGCCUUAGCAACAGUAGAGACAGGGGAUAGUGUCUCUGGUUUGGAGACAGCAGAGACAGAGGACAGUGUCUCUGCUUUGGAAACAGCAGGAACAGGGGAUAGUGACUCUGGGUUGGAGACAGCAGAGACAGAGGACAGUGUGUGUGGUCUGGAGACAGCAGAGACAGACAACAGAGAAGCGCCUCUCAGAUACACAUGCCUUUCACUGGAAGAAACGCAGGAACUUCCCCAGGACAAAAAGACUGUCUGCAAGAGAGAGUCCUUAGCUCUUCCUCUGCUCAACCCAGAGGAGAUUCACUCCUCCUCUCCCACUCCCCGUCUCUCUCACUCUCCUCUUCUCCCCUUCUCUUCCUGUCCUAGUAACCCUCCCUGCCCAAUGCCUGGCUCCCCUCAAUCCCAUUCACCCUCCCUCUCUCCUUCCCAGUCUCCCUCCCUGUCUCCUUCCCAGUCUCCUUCCCGAUCUCCCUCCCUGUCUCCUUCCCAGCCUCCCUCCCUGUCUUCUUCCCAGUCUCCUUCCCAGUCUCCAUCCCUGUCUUCUCCAUCCUUGUCUCCUUCCCAGUCUCCAUCCCUGUCUCCCUCCCAGUCUCCUUACCAGUCUCCCUCCCAGUCUCCCUCCCUUUCUCCUUCUGCUGCCAGGUGCCACAGCCCUGACACCCAUUUCCAGGGCAGGGUGCUUCGCUCUUGCCUCCUGCCCCAUCCUCCUCCUCCUCCCCUACCCAGGAAGUGGUCUCCUUACCCCAAGACCCUCAGAGAGGCAGUCUUCCGCAUUCGCAGGCAUACCGCCCCCGAUUCGGAAACCGAGGAGGAAGAGGAGUGGGCAGAGCACUGGGAGCGUGGAGAGAGGAUGGGGAAAGAGGUGGACGAUUCUGAGGUGUCUUCUUUUGGGGCUAGAAGCGAAGAGUCAGGACCUCAAGGCUCUCAAAGCACAGAGGUUCGAGGACCAGAUGAGACUGGCAUGUCAGAAGAGAUGGGAUCUCUGGAAAUCUCCAGGAGGGGGGAGGAGCUACAGGGCGGUAUGGGGGAGGGGCCACGUAUUGAUGUGGAGGAGGGGCUAAAUAGUGAUAUGGGGGAGGGGCUACAGAUCGAUGUGGGGGAAGGGCUACAGUGGGAUGUGGGGGAGGUUCUUAAGAGUGAUAUGGGGGAGAGGCUACAGUGGGAUAUAGGGGAGGGGCUACAGGGGGGUGUAGGGGAGGGGCUACAGAUUGAUGUGGGGGAGAGACUACAGAGGGAUAUGGGGGCGUGUCUACAGGGGGAUGUAGGGGAGGGGCUACAGUGGAGUCUGGGGAAGAGGUUACUAGGUAGCCUGAAGGAGGAGCUUCGAAAUGAGCUGGGGGCAGAGCUAUUUGGGAGCCCAGGGGAGGGAUUGCCGGAAGGGUUUCAAGGAGCUCUGUGGGAGAGUCUGCAGGACAGUCUGGGGGAGCAGAUAAAAAUAAGGGCCGAGGAAGCCGACGCGCUGUCCUGCAGCAGCUCCGACAGUCACACCUCCCGGGACACUGUGAUCAUGGGUCAGCCAGCGUCCUUUGGCAGGGAGGAGGGGAAGGAGGAUGGAAGUUUUGGGGAGCCAGAGGCACGUGUGGGGAGCAGAACUGGGGAGAUGGAUGGGGAAAUGGGAGGGGGUGUAGGAGUAGUGGGUGAGAAAGAGUCUCCGAAUGAGGGGUCUGGUCUAGGAGGGAGUGUCUGGGAUCCAGAGAGAGAGCAGCUGGGAAGUCCUGGAGAACCGGAGCCUGAUGUGUUUGAGAUGAAGAGUGGGCAGGAGGAGGAUGAGGAGGAGAGCGGAGAUCUGGGGCCCACUGAAACAGGGCUAGGAGGGGGAGAGGAAGCUGGGGUGCCCAGAGAGGGGGAGAGUCACCACAGCAAGAGGCACCCUGAUGGAGAAGAGGAGGGGGGCUUGCGAGGGGCUGUAAGGGACAGCAGUGAGGCGGGAGCAGGGUGUGUGGACACCACUCGAGGCAGAGGAGGUGCUGAGGAAGAGCUGGCCCAGGAGGAGGGAAGGCAGGGAGAAAGUGGGGUGUUCAGCCAUGAGGCUAACGAGGGUGAGGGGGGUGCGGAUCUUGAGGGGGAGCCGAGGGGGAAUGAUGACAGGGAGCAGGAGAGCAGCAGCACUGGGGCUGAUGGGAAACCAGGGGAGCCGGUCAGCGCAGGAGGGGCCGGGGAGCGUGACAACGAGAAGAGCCUGGGAUCGCCUGGCCGACACGCGCGGGCUCCGUCAACCCCGCUGGCUGCCGUGACGACUGAAGCUUUGGACCCCGGGCCACAGCAGCACGACUCUGAUUGGCCCACUCCACUGAAGGACCGCCCCCCGUGCGGGUCUGAAGGGACGAAGGGGGGUGGACCCCCCACAGAGAAUCAGGGGGCGCUUUACUGGCCCCAGGAGGAGGCGGCCAACCCCUGCAUCGCGGAAAUCCUGCAGCAGCUGAGAGAGACGGAGAGGGCUCUGUUUGGAGGAGAGUAGACCGCGACAGCCUGAGAUUCGCUAUCUGUGUCCAUCUUGUCUGAGGUCACAGCAUGUCCAGUAAUCAGACCAUCAUCACCACAGCAGUGACGGGCUCCCGAUUCCUGCUGGCUGGGCACAGGACUCACACUGAGAACGCCCUCCUUCUGACCUCUGACCUGUGUUCCUUCUGAACCAGGACACGCAGACAGCUGUGAGCGUGAGCUCUGGUCUCCUCUCCCUGUGCCGGUGACUCAGACAGGACAGGGCUAAUUACACCUUUGCUCCAAAUGAGGUUUGCUGUGGUUGGAUAAUUACCCAGUUACCCCCAGAUCAUUCCGGUAGGCUUUCAUUUGUUGCCCUUGGAAGUACCCAUGUGGACGUGCUCGAACCUGUGUGCGCCAGGCAUGCUGGCCUUGUGUAUUGUAGCGGAAGCACUCCCGUUGCACAGCAGUCCGAGCCGGCCCGGAGGUCACUUCGGCUGUCAGGUCGCACCAGAGCCCAGCAGUGCGUGGAACCCGACACGGAUCGAGCUGCUGUGCAGUGGGAGUCGGAAUGCAGCUUCCUUCCGCCUGUGGAGUAGCUAACGCUGGCUGUGAUGUUUGGACAGCGGGCCUCAUAACAACAUAUAAAGAACGACACCGCUAGCACUUUUUACAAGCAAAAUUGUUUCAUGUCCAAGAAAUCACAUUAUAAUAAAAGGCAAACAAAACCGUG